UUAAUGUAUUCUUGGUUAUAGUGAAGCCAUGGGACGUGUUAUCCGAGGCCAGCGUAAGGGCGCUGGAAGCGUCUUCAAGUCUCACAACAAGCACAGAAAAGGUCCAGCACGGCUCAGAACUAUUGAUUUUGCUGAAAGACAUGGAUACAUCAAAGGGAUUGUAAAGGACAUAAUACAUGACCCUGGCCGUGGUGCUCCACUUGCUCGUGUUCAAUUCCGUGACCCUUACAAGUUCAAGAAGAGGAAUGAACUGAUGAUUGCUGCUGAAGGCAUGUACACAGGACAGUUCAUAUACUGUGGAAAGAAAGCUGCUCUUGCAAUUGGUAACGUGAUGCCAAUUGGAAGCAUGCCAGAAGGAACAAUUGUUUGCGCCGUUGAGGAGAAAACAGGUGAUCGGGGUACACUUGCACGAGCAUCUGGUAACUAUGCUACUGUUAUUUCACACAAUCCAGACACCAAGAAAAGUCGUAUCAAGUUGCCAUCUGGUGCCAAAAAGGUUGUACACUCCACCAACCGUGCAAUGGUCGGUAUUGCUGCUGGCGGUGGACGUAUUGACAAACCACUGCUCAAGGCUGGUCGAGCCUACCACAAAUACAAGGCCAAAAGAAACUGCUGGCCUACUGUACGUGGUGUGUGCAUGAACCCUGUGGAACAUCCUCAUGGUGGUGGUAACCAUCAGCAUAUUGGUGCACCUUCAACCGUCAGAAGAGAUACUUCAGCUGGUCGCAAGGUCGGUUUGAUCGCUGCUCGUCGUACUGGUAGACUUAGAGGAACCAAGAAGAUCAAGGACAAGGAAUAGAAAGUUUAUAGCAGUGUACUGUAAUUAUUACAAAUUCAAUGAGCAUUUAAAAAAUACACACAUGGAGAAAUAA